AUGUUAAGGAAAAGAUUUUGGGAAAAUGAUCAUGAAUUGAUACCACCAAUUAGGAUUUCUGAUGAAACUGAUAGAUGGAAAAGGAUUCGAUAUAGUGAAGAAAUCAAUGAAGAUAAGAUUUCUUCGGAUAACCAAGGAGAAGAACAUCCAUCAACAAACAUUCUUUUAUGCAAGACACAAGAAAAACCAAUUUGUAUGGCUUGUUUUGAUUUACUCUAUCAAGCCGAUACGAUAGAAUGUUUAUGGCCGAUUAUUGAGGGAUUUAAUUCACAUAAUUUUCAAGUUAAAACUUUUAACUUGUCGGUUUCGUUACCCUCCGGUAUUAUCAUUAAUAAUCAUUCUAUCAAAGUAUAUGUUAGAAAAAAAUUCAGAGAGAGAAAUUUAAGUGUUGAUCUUAGUAACAUAUUAGACUUAAAAGAUCCUUUUAAACAUUUGCUAGGAUGGUCUAUUGAGAAAGAAUUAGGAUUAAAAUAUCAUUAUCAAAGCCCUUUCAACAUUUCUAUAGCAUAUUAUCAUGAAGAUACACAACAAAAUCAUUUAAUACUUACUCGGCAUUCAAGACAGAAUAUCAUUGCGGCUUUAGAAAAGACCCCAGAUUCUGAGUUCAUAAGCAUUGGAAACUGUCCACCAUUGAAAGUAAAAGAAAGAUGGAAAAACCAUUAUCCGAUAUUAGAACAUGCAGCUAUAUACGUUGGAGGUAAUUAUAUUAAAUUAUCGAGAAAUAUAAGUCAAUCACCUUGGAUUAUUAAUGGGGAGAGGUUAGCUGAGACUUCUGUAUCUGAAUGUAUUGGCGAAAUUUUAAGGGAAAAAUUUAAAUGUGAUGAUUAUAAUUUUGUAGCAGCUGGCAGAGAAGAUUCUAAUGUUAGAAUGUUAGGUAAUGGUAGACCGUUUUAUUUUGAAAUAAUGAAUCCAAGAAGACCUUUUCUCUCUCAGCAAGAAUUAGAUGAAGCACAACGAGAAAUUAAUGAAACCAAAAAAGAUUUGAUUCAAAUAAGUCAAUUGACAAUGAUUACCGAAAAAGAUCUAUCUAUAAUCAAGGAAGGAGAAGAAAACAAGAAAAAAACCUAUAGUGCUCUUGUAUGGAUUUCCAAGAUCGUCACUCCCGAUAUCAUUGAUAAACUUAAUCAAUAUCAAGAUAAGGUAUUCACAAUACAACAACAAACACCUAUUAGAGUUCUUCAAAGACGGGCUCAAAUGGUUCGAUCAAAGAUAAUUUAUUCAAUGAAGGCAGAACCAUUGGAAAAUCAUUUUCUAACUUUACAACUUCGAACGGAAGCUGGAACAUAUAUUAAAGAAUUUAUUCAUGGAGAUUUAGGUAGGACUAAGCCAAAUUUAGGAGAUUUACUUGAUUGUUAUGCCGAUAUUAUGGCUCUAGAUGUGUUGGAAGUUGAUUUAGAAUGGCCUCCAAAAUAA